UAGGUCUGACCUGGGCAGGGGCAUCUUAAAACUAUUAAAACCUCAAACCUACUUCUCUUCGGAAAGAACAAAACGGAAAAACACCAUUAGCAGCUGCCUCCGCUGCUAUCAUCUUCUUAAGAAAGAGAAGAACGCUACUGAUGUUGCAGAGAGGAAAAAAAUGUUAGUUUUGUUUGAAACUCCAGCAGGGUUUGCCCUGUUUAAGGUUCUAGAUGAAGGAAAGCUAGAUCAAGUUGAGGAUUUGUGGAAGGAUUUCUCUACAUCAGAUUCAGCUAGAAAGAUUGUAAAGUUGAAAGCUUUUACAAAGUUUGAAAACACCGCUGAGGCGUUGUCAACUGCUACAUUACUUAUUGAUAGCAAGCCAAGCAAGGGUCUUCGUAAGUUCUUGAAAGCUCAUUGCGACGGAGAAAAAUUGGGAGUAGCUGAUUCCAAGCUUGGAAAUGCCAUUAAGGAGAAACUGCAAAUUGAUUGCGUGCAUGAUAAGUCUGUGAUGGAGCUGAUGAGAGGUGUCAGAAGCCAGUUGUCUGAACUUAUUUCUGGUCUUGGUGUUCAAGAUUUAGCUCCAAUGAGUUUGGGUUUGUCUCACAGCUUGUCUAGAUACAAGCUUAAGUUCAGCCCAGAUAAGGUGGAUACCAUGAUCAUUCAAGCUAUUGGUUUGUUGGAUGAUCUUGACAAAGAGCUUAAUACAUAUGCUAUGAGGGUUAGGGAAUGGUACGGAUGGCACUUUCCAGAACUUGCAAAGAUUGUAUCUGACAAUAUCUUGUAUGCUAAAGCCGUGAAGCUGAUGGGAAACCGUACAAAUGCUGCAGACCUAGAUUUCUCCGAGGUUUUACCAGAAGAGAUUGAGACUGAACUGAAAGAGGCAGCUGUCAUCUCUAUGGGAACCGAGGUCAGUGAAUUGGAUCUGAUAAAUAUCAAGGAGCUCUGUGAGCAAGUGUUGUCUCUUUCCGAAUAUAGGGCCCAACUCUACGAUUACUUGAAAAGCAGAAUGAACACCAUUGCCCCAAAUCUUACUGCCCUUGUUGGAGAGCUUGUUGGAGCUCGUCUCAUAGCUCAUGGUGGUAGCUUGUUAAACCUUGCUAAGCAACCUGGAAGCACUAUCCAGAUUCUUGGUGCAGAGAAGGCCCUCUUUAGAGCUCUUAAGACUAAACAUGCUACACCCAAAUACGGGCUUAUCUACCAUGCUUCGUUGAUUGGUCAAGCUGCUGCUAAACUCAAGGGAAAGAUAUCUAGAACUCUGGCAGCCAAAAGUGUGUUGGCCAUCAGAUGCGAUGCUCUGGGAGACGGCCAAGAUAACUCCAUGGGUCUGGAGAAUCGUGCCAAGCUUGAAGUACGGUUGAGGAAUCUCGAGGGUAAAGAACUUGGUCGUUCUGCUGGAUCCACUAAAGGCAAGGCCAAGAUUUCAGAAUAUAACAAGGACCGGAAGAAGGAUACAGGAGCUCUCGUAACUCCUGCACAGACGUACAAUUCCUCAGCUGACGCAGUACUAGGAACACCAGCACCUUUGGAAGAUUCUGAUGUAAAGAAGAGGAAACAAGUAGAGACUGAGGAACCAGCUGCUGAGGUGGGAGAGAAGAAAGAUAAAAAAAAGAAGAAGAAGAAAGAGGAGGUUGAGGAGAUAGAGGUGGAAACACCUAAGAAAGAAAAGAAGAAGAAACGUAAGGCUGCUGAAGCUGAACAAAAUGUCGAACAAGAAGAUGGGGAAGCAAAGAAAAAGAAGAAGAAGAGAAAGCAUGAGGAAGAAGACGAGGCAGAAGCUCAAAGUCAGAAAAAAGACAAAAAGAAAAAGAAGAAGAAGAGCGAUGCUUGAUUUUAAGGUAUGAUUGUUCUGGAAGAAAUGAUCUGUAUUGAUCCGGAGAUCUAUCAGACUAUCAUCUUUACUGUAGUCCCUGUCGGCUUUGUUUACCAGGAAGGUCUUUUUCUUUUGCAUCAAAAGCUGGAAAAGAAUGUAUAAAUGAGAUCUCUUUUGUUUUGCUUUUCACAUGUUGAGAGAGGAAUGGUUUCUUUAUUUUAUUUUUUUGUUCAGAUAGUUAAUGUUAUGAAACCAUUCUCUUUAGUGUUUAGAGGAAGUAGGUAUUAGUUGAUUAACACUAAGAGAAUGUAUAACUUAUUGAGAUUUGCUAGCAUAUAUAAUUAUAAAUUUAGUCGAUGAUAUUAAAUUUAGUGAAGUUCAG